GUCAUCUCAAGUCUCUUUUUCCUGCCUCGCCGCCCGUUUCGCCGCCUCACCACCCCAAACCACACCGACUUUGCUCCCCCAUACUCUGCCCUCCCGACGACCGAUCCCGACCCAAUUCGAUCGCAAGACUGCUCCAUACACCUUGCGAUUGCUUCCAGCCACAGUUGCGAUACUCGUUCCCGCCGCGCAUCCUCGUUGCCCCCGGCGCAUUCGCAUUGUUGUUGUGUUGAUCCCAUCGCAUCCUGUCGCAAACCAGUCGCACUCGCCCGCAGCCUUCCCACUCGCCAUCGCAGCUUGCAACUGCGAUCCCAGCAUUUCAAACACAUACAUAGCCGUUGCGAAUCAUCAUAACAUUGCGCGCAUCAUCGAAAAUGCUACUACCGUCGGCGCUGUCCUGCGACCCGUCGCAUCCGCGGCUGCAGUCUGCGCUCUUCAUCUCGCCACCCUCCAGCCCUCCCCAGCUCUCAACCCAGACCGCAAUCGGAAACCUCAUCAACUCUUGCCGCAACCUACACACCAUGCUCUCGUCACAAAUCCCAAACGAGCCGAUCCCAGAUUCAAACUCCCACCACCUCCCCUCACCGCCACUUGCCAACGCGCCCAGCCCUCUAAGCAAACCUCGCCUUCGCCGUCGCAAGGCUGAGCCAUCACCCGGUCCCUCUUCCUCGCUGGCACCGAGCGAGCCCUUGCUGCGAUACAGAAUCAAGAAGCGCGCACCGCCCAGGGGUGCGAACAAGAGAAGACGAGACGAUGACGACGACAUGGGCCGAGACGAUGAGGACCGUUACAGCAGUGACGAGCAUUUCGGCAAGGAGAACGUCAACAUCUUCGACAUGAACAACGAGACAAAACGAGAACCCGGCUUGUUUGUCUUUAAGGGAUACUCCGAACCAUCAUCAUCAUCAGCAUCAUCAUCAUCACAACGAGCCGCCCCGUCAACGCCCAAGAGGCAGCGGAUCGCACCACCAGACGUCCCGCGCGGACUCACCAAGGAGGAUUUCCACAAGCUAGGAGCCCCGGACGCAUUCGAGAGGGAUUCCGCAGUGGGCACCAACGUCGAGGUCGGCGAGCGCGGCGACCAGUGGAGCCUAGAAGACGACCACAAGCUGGUCGAGGUGGUGCUCGAGAAGGUCAAGAACAUGGACCUGUCGACCGAGGUGUGGGAUGACUGUUCUGUUAAACAGGGACAAGAUUGGCCUGCAGAAUAGGGGAACCAGGACCCGGGCGAAACUCCACGGAACAUGGUGAGCCCGUGGCGGAGGCCUGCUUAAUUCUCUUCUGUGUUGCAGGGACACUGCAAGCUAUUGGGUAUAUUUCUGUUUUAUUCACUGCAUCAUGAUAACGGCUGGAGUUUGGCAACUACUAGACAGGGAACACUGCACUGCUAUUGUUUUUGGUCAAACCUCGAGGCGAACCUCGAGUGCACUUCGCAGAGACUGCGACACUCAAAUGAACAAUCCUCUUUUCUCAAA